GGACGAUAAAGUCACAGAUCGCGCAUCGCGAGCUCUUUCCGCUCUUUCCGCUGAUAUCGCCUGGUUCGCCUGUCUGCUCCGUGCGUGCGACCCAUGUGAAAAUCGACAUUAACCAACAGCUUAAUUGCUCUGGAUUACCUAUUGGAUAUCAUCCUGAUUUUGGAUUAUAAAAACUAAUACGACAUGAUGAGCAUUAAAAGUGCAAUAAUUGCCUUCCUUUUGGCGACGACACUCUGCAGUGGAUCCGGAUUCGCGCAGGCCCAGCUGCUCGACGAGGACGACGACCUGGCCUUCGGCAGACCCUGGCCCACCUACAGCCUGCAGAACAUGCCCAAGACGCAGUUCACCUGCCACGACAAGAUCCUCGGCGGCUACUACGCCGACCCGGAAACCCAGUGCCAGAUGUUCCACGUCUGCGUCAAGCUGCCCGGAGUUGGGCUCCUUCACCGAAGAGCUAAUCCGUUUGUCCAACAGGUGCAGGACUACCGCUUCCUCUGUCCCAACACGACGGCCUUCGACCAGGAGCUCCAGAUCUGCGCCAACUGGGUGGACGUGGACUGCGACAAGGCCACCUCCUUCUACGACAAUGGUCACCUGAACGAUCUCUAUCGCGGCGGAGAUGAUAGCAAAUCCGCCCACGAGGAGGAGGGGACUUUCCACCUCCAACGUGCCGAAACUGGCGAUAUCCGCCGCUCAAAGGAGAACCACAACAGCAACAACAACCACAACAGCAACAACAACCAUAACAGUCGUGGGGAACAGAAGUCACGCCCCCGCAACAAUUACGCCCAAACAGGUGGCAGCUCCAGCUCGAGUUCGACUCCCAAUUUGGAGAUCACGCAACCCAGCAAGCGACCCAUUUCCACCUAUUACACGCCAACCACAUUGGCCAGCAGCAGCACCACUACAACCAGCACCACAUCGACCACAACCACGACGGAGCGCAACUAUUACAACCACAAUUACGGCAACAAUGACGACUCGAAGCAAGACAUAGAUGAUAUCUUCAAGGGUUCCCACAGCUCGCACUUCUUCUCCAAUCGCCACGGGGGUCGGGAAUACGACGAGGAGCCUGCGCGUCCCAAGCCCAAUGACUUUUCGGAUUACCAGCGCAAGACCACGCGGGUCACGCCCACAAGGGGAGCACAGCGAUCCACCAGUGGACCAAGUACGCCCGUGUCAUCGAGCACCGCUGCCCCCGGAACCACCAAGUCCCUGAAGAAGAUCACCCUGCAUGCCACCUUUAACACCGAUUUCCUGGAUAGUUCUCCCCAAACCAAGGGACCUUCCUACAGUCUGGUGACCACUCCUCGUCCCAGCAGCAGCAUCACCAGUCGCUUCAGCUUCGGUUCCAAUGACUUUGGCACCCAGGAGAAGAUUCAGCCCACCACCUACAAUCCCAACAACGGUGCCUAUCGGUUCAAGACCACAUCUCCCCCAGCCAGUUCCACCAAGGUAACCGGCAAAGGAGUCCAGGACUUUGAGAAGCGCAGCAAGCCCACCACCUCAGCGGUGCGAAAACAGAAACUGGGCCCCCAGGAAUCGAACUUCAUCAAUCAAAAUGAGUUUGUUGACCUGGCGAAGGUACAAAAGCCACAGCCUUUCCAGGUGGCGCAGAAUAACAAACAGAACCAUUUGGAACCGCAUUACCAGCGGCACAAGCCUCAAGUGACUAGAGUGGGUGCCCAGGAACCUGCUCCGUUUUCUGCACCCAGUUCCAAGCCAAGAUCCUUCACCAGUCGAGGUAGCAUUACCUACAAGGCCACCACCGAGCGUUAUGCGGACCAGGAGGUGUACUACCCCACCACAAGUGCUACUCAGCGGGUGAAGGAGCCCUACACUCCCACCACUUUCAAGCCCACCACGUACAAGAAGCCCUACGAACAGAGCUACCAGACUCAGCUGACCCACCGACCCACGCAGGGAGUGAUCAAGAAGGCAACCACCUCGGCGACUCCAUCUACCACUGCCAAUCCCCACUCCACAGUGGACGAGGAUGACGGCCAGUACCACCCGGAGUUGUACGAAAAUGACUUCCCCCGCAACCGCAUUCGCUUCCUGCGCAACCGAUCCACCAGUUCCACCACCUCAACCACCAGUGCUCCCGCGAUUUCCAGCCGACAACCACACGGCUUCCAGCAGGCACACAGCCACGUACAGUCCACGUACCAGAAGGAGCGGGAGCGGGAGAGGGAGUCGGACCUCAGCGACGAGGAGGAGCUCUUCAAGACCGCCCAGUCGCUGAACUUCGGAGCGGCCAGCAUAAACAAGCUGCGGGCGGACAUCUACAAGGCGGAGAAGACCUCGCAGCAGUACAACUCGCAGUACAGUCCACAGCUGGCGGCAUCUAGUCCGCAGGCCAGCAGCUCCUCCACCAGCACCAGCAGCACCACGACCAGCACCACCACCCGACGACCGGUGACCACGGCCCGGACCACAACCACCAUCACCACCAGUGCACCACCCGUGGAGUCGAAGAAGUCGGGCAAGAGCAAAAAGGAGCAGAAGGUGCAGAAGGAGCUGGAGAAGAAGGAUCGGCCGGCUGGGAAGAGGCCUCCGCAUGCGGACGAGGACACCAGCUACGACUACGCCUACUACGAUACGGACUGAGCGGCUAUCCUGCCCAGGACUCGCACUAACCACUUGCAUAACCACACACACACACACCCAGUAAACCCCCUCAAUCCAAACCAUCCACUUAAUAGGUGCCACAGUAUUUUAAAGUCCCUGAAAACAGCAUGCUCAUCAGAUCUGCACACACCACACAUAUCUACUUACGAACCGCUUGACACCCACAUUAACACUCGCGUACAUUCAUUCAAUCCGUUUCAGAUGCGUUCUAAUGAAUUUCCAUGCGUGUAUCUAGUUAUUUAAAUAAAGCGAAUAUAUGUUUA